CUUUUCUCCAGGGGGUCUUCCUGACUCAGGAAUCGAACUCAGGUCUCCUUCAUCGUAGGCAGAUUCUUUACGGUCUGAGCUACCAGGGAAGCCCAUUUUAACUAUAAGCAGUGUAUACGUGUCAAUGCCGAACUCCCUAAAUAUCCCUUCCCCCCAUCCUUCCCUGCUGGCAACCAUAAGUUAGGAGAGAACUUUCUUCUGAUCCCAUUCUUUGAGGGGACAUCUCCGUACCAAUAUCAGUUAGACACAAGCCUUAAAGGCACUUCAGUGAUUGUUCUGUUGGCCACAACUGACGAUGUUUGCUUUUGUACUUACUAGAACUUUGAUUAUCAGUCCUGGCUUUGGUUUGGCCAUCAGUCCUGGCUUUGGUUUGGCCAUCAGUCCUAGCUUUGUUUUGGCACCAGGGGGUUUUUCUUUACAGCAAGUGGAGCUGUGUAUUUCAUUUUAAAAAUCUGUUUCUGUUUCUCAUUUUUUCUGUGUACCUAUGGUGGAAAGUCUUCUUCAUUAGCUCAGUUGACCGGAUUGUGGCACCUGUAAUUCCCAUUAAGUUACUUAUUAACCUCUGUUCCUUAGAAAUCACCUCUUUAGCUGAGAAUAAUAAUAGCCCAUCUGUACAGGGUCUGUUUAAAUUUAGAGCACUAGCAAUCUUCCCACCAGUAUUUGUACCAUUUACGGCUUUACCACUUCAGGGAAGAGUUGGAAGCAUAGUGACUGUGUUUACUCACUUAACAAGAAGAGGAAGUCUUAGUUAACGCCCUGGAGAAACCAGAGAAACUUCGUCCAGGGUAGCACAAUGCCGAAACUGAAGCUCCAAGCCCCACCCUUGCUGAUGUUGAUGUGCCGAAGGUCACUUGGCACCAGAGUGAACAGAGAGGAAUGUCCUCUCAGUAUUGCCCGGAGGAUCGCUCAGAGCAGCUUUCCUGGCUUGUGUGGAACACAAGCAUUAAAAUCACGAUGAAUGGUCAUAUUUCCAGUCAUCCCAGUGGUUUUGGAAUGAAUCCAUCUCAAAUGAAUGGCUACGGAUCAUCAGCCACCUUUUCCAUGGACAGAGAUCACAGUUCACGAACAAGUGCAAAGGCUCUCUAUGGACCAGAUGGAUCAUACUUCUUCAGAUCAUCGUCCAAACAAAAAAAGAAAGAACAAAGGAAGAAUUAUGCACGGGACAGUGUCAGCAGCGUGACAGAUAUAUCCCAAUACCGUGUUGAACACUUGACCACCUUUGUUCUGGAUCGGAAAGAUGCUAUGAUAACUGUUGAUGAUGGAAUAAGGAAGCUGAAAUUGCUCGAUGCUAAGGGCAAAGUAUGGACUCAAGAUAUGAUUCUUCAGGUGGAUGAGAAAGCUGUGAGCCUGAUCGAUUUAGAAUCAAAGAAUGAAUUGGAGAAUUUUCCUUUGAACACCAUUCAGCAUUGUCAAGCUGUGAUGCACUCCUGUAGCUAUGAUUCGAUUCUUGCCCUGGUGUGCAAAGAGCCAACCCAGAGCAAGCCAGACCUUCAUCUUUUCCAGUGUGAUGAGAUUAAGGCAAACCUAAUUAGUGAAGAUGUUGAGAGUGCGAUCAGUGACAGCAAAGGAGGGAAGCAGAAGAGGCGGCUUGAUGUCUUGAGGAUGAUUUCCAAAGCAGACCCUGGUAUACCACCUCCACCCAAGGCUCCUGCCCCCGUGCCCCCUGGCACUGUGACCCAGGUGGACGUUAGGAGUCGAGUGGCAGCCUGGUCCGCAUUGGCAGCUGACCAAGCAGACUUUGAGAAACAGAGAAAUUAUUACCAGCAGGAAGAAACACCUGAGAUGAUGGCAGCCCGCAUUGACAGAGAUGUGCAAAUCUUAAACCACAUUUUGGAUGACAUUGAAUUUUUUAUCACAAAACUCCAAAAAGCAGCUGAAGCAUUUUCUGAACUUUCUAAAAGGAAGAAAGCUAAGAAAGGUAAAAAGAAAGGACCAGGAGAGGGUGUUUUAACACUGCGGGCAAAACCUCCACCUCCUGAUGCAUUUGUGGACUGUUUCCAAAAGUUUAAACAUGGAUUUAACCUUCUGGCCAAAUUGAAAUCUCACAUCCAGAAUCCUAGUGCUGCAGAUUUGGUUCAUUUUUUAUUUACUCCAUUAAAUAUGGUGGUGCAGGCAACAGGAGGUCCUGAGCUGGCCGGUUCAGUGCUCAGCCCUCUACUGACGAAGGACACCAUCGAUUUCUUAAAUUACACGGUCAGUGCCGAUGAGAGGCAGCUGUGGAUGUCACUGGGAGACUCUUGGAUGAAAACCAGAGCAGAGUGGCCAAAAGAACAGUUUAUUCCACCGUACGUCCCUCGGUUCCGCAGUGGUUGGGAGCCCCCAAUGCUGAACUUCAUGGGAUCAUCAGUGGAGCCAGAUCUCUAUCAACUGAAUGAGUCUGUGGCAAAUGCAGCAGAACAUCAUCGCAAGCAAGAAACAAAGAGAUUAUCCACAGAGCACUCCAGUGUAUCAGAGUAUCCUUCAGCUGAUGGGUACACGGCAUUCAAUAACAUUUAUGGAAGAGGGCCCCAUUCGGACCAAGGGGAGGCUGCUGUUGCUUUUAAGCCAACUCCUCUUCGCCAUGUAGAUAGAAAUUAUGAUCUACAACCCAAGAAAUAUGCCAAGUCCAAGUAUGACUUUGUGGCAAGAAACAACAGUGAGCUCUCUGUUCAAAAGGAUGAUAUCUUAGAGAUCCUUGAUGAUAGGAAGCAAUGGUGGAAAGUUCGAAAUGCAAGUGGAGACUCUGGAUUUGUGCCAAAUAACAUUUUGGAUAUCGUGAGACCCCCAGAAUCUGGAUUAGGGCGUGCUGAUCCACCUUACACGCAUACCAUACAGAAACAAAGGAUGGAGUAUGGCCCAAGAGCAACCGACAUUCCUUCUGCCCCGUCACCUCCUCCAACACCAGCUCCUGUCUCUGUUCCCCUCCCACCUUCCACUCCAGCACCUAUUCCUGUGUCAAAGCUCCCGGCAAACAUAACCCGUCAAAACAGCAGCUCCAGCGACAGCGGUGGCAGUAUUGUGCGAGACAGCCAGCGACAAAAACAAGUUCCUGUGGACCGGAGGAAAUCUCAGAUGGAGGAAGUGCAGGAUGAACUUAUCCACAGACUGACCAUUGGUCGGAGCGCCGCCCAGAAGAAGUUCCACGUGCCACGGCAGAAUGUGCCAGUUGUCAAUAUCACUUAUGACUCCACCCCAGAAGAAGUGAAGACGUGGUUGCAGUCAAAGGGCUUCAACCCCGUGACUGUUAAUAGUCUUGGAGUAUUAAAUGGUGCACAGCUUUUCUCUCUCAAUAAAGAUGAACUGAGAACCGUCUGCCCGGAAGGGGCCAGAGUCUUUAGCCAAAUCACUGUUCAGAAAGCUGCAUUGGAGGAUAACAGCGGCAGCUCUGAGUUGCAAGAAAUCAUGCGAAGACGACAGGAAAAAAUCAGUGCUGCUGCAAGCGACUCAGGAGUGGAGUCUUUUGAUGAGGGAAGCAUCACUAAUUAGUUUCAAAAUCCCAUCAUUCUUGGCAUGUUUCCACCAUGCUUUGUUUUAAGAAGCCAUGAAAGGAAUGUCAGAUUCUUUCUUCUUGGUAUACAGAAUUUAUCGCCAUAAAGAAACAAUGCAAACCUAAGUAAGCAGAGGACUUGCUUCUGGGCCCAUUAUUUUUAUGAAAAUUAAAAAUUUUAAGCAGAAUUUUUGACCUUGGGAAAUAUUUUGCAUAUUCGACCAAGGUGAGGUUUCCUUUAAUGGAUUAAUUAUUUCAUCUCAGUCUCAAUGCAUAAGCAGAUAUUUUUGACAGUGGUGAAUUUAUUUAUUGCAGCAAAACAAAAAGAUAGAUAUGCCCAUGAUUCAAAAUCUAAAUAUCUUUAGUUUUGCCUGUGACUGUGUUGUGUAUCAUCCAGGGUGUAGCUUACUUUAGGCUAGUCUCUGCUUACUUAGGUCUCUUCUUGGACAUAUAGACUAUUUAGAUUUAUUUAAAGUUCUUAAUGCCAACAGUUUAAAAAAAUUGAAACAUUUAAUGAACUGUAAAGUACAACAAGGCCUUGGACAUACAAAUAGAAACCUUUGGAACAUUCCUGAGACAUUUUAUUUGUCACGGCUCUGUUGCUCACAAUUCCUUGUAUAGCUUGUAUUUUGAUUUAGUUUAUAUUCUACUUAUUAUCUAUACUGUGUUCUUAUAUAUUAAGAAAGCACAAGUGUAAAAGAGGUCACAUACAUUCAAAAUCUGUCACAGGAAAUAGCCUGCAUUGGUGUGUGUUACAGUAUUUUGCUUAAUGAAGGCCCCAGUCCUGAAUAUUGAUAUAAGUAGUUAAAAGUAAACUGGGGCCAUCUUAUGUGUUUAUCCAUGUCAAGUUUUUCUGGUAAUAAGAAAUAAUCUACACAUAUUUUGAUCCUGUGAAAGAUUCUAGGUAGAGAAAAGAAAGAGACCUAACCUUCAACAAAGUUAUUUUUGGAAACAUGAUUUUUGUCAUUAAAUGUUAUAUUAUUUCACAUAUAUAAAACAGAUGUUAUGUAAGAAUGUUGUAUAUUUUAACAUAAACCCAUUUAGAGAGAUUAUCUAGAUUCAUUAAUUUUCAUAGUGCCUUUUUCACAUGAGUCAGCUGGAAAGUCUGCAAUAAACAGUAUUUGCUGUAUGUUAAUAAA